GGAGCUGUCCUCGCAUCGGCGGUGCUGAAGCUGAACAAGAUGGCUGUGUGUUGGGGAGUGGAGAGCUGAGAGAGAAGUGGCGGAAAGAGUCUCAAAUUUAGAAACACGCGCCAUUGAAACACAGAUAGGAUUGCGACGCUGGCGUUAGCUUUCGAAGUGUGAAGAUUUUUUUUAUUUUUGUCAGGCUAACGAGCCCCUGCCAGGACCCGCCUCUGCCAGCGACGGUAGGCUCCUUCAUCUCCAGCCCAACGAUUCAUCCCCAGGCUGUAUCCUGCAAGAAUUAGCUCAAUUACGGACGCUGGAGAAGAAGCUGGACCCUGUACUAUAGGCGCAUAUAAGAAAUGUCAUUGCUGUGUGUUGGAGUGAAGAAAGCCAAGCUCGAUGGACCCCAAGAGAAAUUUAACACAUACGUGACCCUGAAGGUGCAGAAUGUUAAGAGCACAACCAUUGCUGUGCGUGGCAGUCAGCCAUGCUGGGAGCAGGACUUCAUGUUUGAAAUAAACCGCCUGGAUCUAGGCCUAACAGUGGAGGUGUGGAAUAAAGGGCUGAUCUGGGACACCAUGGUGGGAACCUUAUGGAUCCCCCUAAGCAACAUACGGCAGUCCAAUGAGGAGGGUCCAGGCCAGUGGCUGACCCUGGACUCCAAUGCAAUCAUGGCCGAGAAUGAGAUCUGUGGAACAAAAGACCCAACCUUUCACAGGCUGCUGCUUGACACCCGCUUUGAACUGCCACUAGACAUUCCUGAGGAAGAGGCCAGAUACUGGGCCAAGAAACUUGAACAACUAAAUGCCAUGAGAGAUCAAGACUUUGCCUAUCACGAAGAACAGGAGCAACCACUGCAUGCACCAACCACACAGUGCUGUAAUUGGAGUCUGUGGGGAGAUCAGCAAAACGAGGACCCAGACAGCGCCGUGGACGACAGGGACAGCGACUACCGCAGUGAGACCAGUAACAGCAUCCCGCCUCCCUACUACACCACCUCCCAGCCCAACGCUUCCAUGCACCAGUAUCCCAUGAGGACUGAGAACUACAUACACUCAUACAACGACGAAAUCCACGAGCUGGACUACGACCACAGAGUCAUGAGACGCUAUGAUAGUUUAGAGUUGGCCACCAACGGGCGCAGCGAUAUCGACUCAGGCUCAGGGUCGAGCCGCCGCACCAGUCAUCAGUAUUCUCUAGACAGUAGGCAUUCACUGUCCGAUAGUCCCACAGAUAGUCGAUACGCCUCGUCAGGCGAGUUGAGUCGAGGCAGUUCUCAGCUCAGUGAGGAGUUUGUUGCUGAGGACGGUGACAGCUUGCGAGGUUCGGAGUUCUACGAUGAAAACGACUCCUACCACUCCUGCCACUCCUCUGUCAGCUACGGCAAAGGGGACUCCCCAGGCUGGGAUGGCGAGGACCCCCAAGGGAUCUACAGCGACGACGGAGGCUACCUCAAAGAUGGAGGGGAAGCGGGGGGUCUGUAUGCUGAAGGGGAGGGGGACGUGUAUGGGGGGGAAGGGGAGUACAUCUACGAAGACGAGGAGGAGAUGCCUUUUGAGGAAGAUGAAGAUACAUAUCCAAUUGACGGCACACUCGGUGAAGACCAGGAGCUGCCCUAUACCCCCACACCCACAAGCACUGCCCCGUCCCUCAUGCCCCCCUCUGAUUGUACAUCCUCCACAAGACCACCGCUGGAAAAGCAGGCGUCGUUGCAUCAGCAGCGGCCAGCUCCUGAUCAGCUCCCGCCCGCCAGCAUAGCUCCUAGUCUACCUCCAGUCACACACAAUGACACGUUGCCCCCUUUCAGUGCAGAAUCCACCAAGCCUCCGUUUGCAACCACCCAGCCAGCUCUGUCAACCACCACUACAUCCACCCCCACGACCACAUCGCAGGUUCCAGCUCCAGAUACCGGGCCCCUGGAGCCUGAACCCAAGUUUGAUUUGCCGUUGGAGGAACCUCAAACUCCCGAGCAGCCUCCAGUGGCAAAGAGUGUCCCUCCAGCUCCUGAAGAGAGAACAGAGGAGCCACCUGUUCCAAGUUUCCCAAAGAGGGAAAUCAUGGAGCCUGGUCCUGCCAGAGCCAAAGCCAACUGGCUUCGUCUUUUCAGCAGAGUACGACUACAGCUGCAAGAGGCUCGGGGAGAAAGUGUUGGCAUCGCCUCUCUGCUUUUAUCAGCAGGGAUGGGUGGUGCUCUGUAUAGCAUUGACAGCAUGCCAGACCUCAGGAAGAGGAAAGCUAUGCCUCUCGUCCGUGAUCUGGCUAUGUCCUUGGUUCAGAACUCCAGGAAGGCAGGCAUAACCUCGGCCCUGACGUCCAGCACCCUGCAUAAUGAAGAACUGAAGAGUCAUGUCUACAAGAAGACCCUCCAGGCCCUCAUAUAUCCAAUCUCCUGCACUACCCCACACAAUUUUGAGGUGUGGACAGCCACCACGCCUACUUACUGCUACGAGUGUGAGGGGCUGCUGUGGGGUAUCGCUCGCCAGGGCAUGCGCUGUACCGAGUGUGGAGUCAAAUGCCACGAGAAGUGCCAAGAUCUACUCAAUGCUGAUUGUCUGCAAAGAGCGGCUGAGAAGAGCUCCAAACACGGCGCGGAGGACCGAACCCAGAACAUCAUCAUGGUUCUUAAAGACCGCAUGAAGAUCCGCGAGAGGAACAAACCUGAGAUCUUCGAACUCAUUCAGGAGGUCUUCGCAGCCCCCAAGUCUACCCACGUCACCCACAUGAAGCAGAUCAAACAGAGUGUGCUCGAUGGCACUUCCAAAUGGUCGGCCAAGAUCAGCAUCACAGUGUUGUGUGCCCAGGGUCUACAAGCCAAAGAUAAAACGGGCUCCAGUGAUCCUUACGUCACUGUCCAGGUGGGAAAGACCAAAAAGAGGACCAAGACCAUCUACGGCAACCUCAACCCUGUCUGGGAGGAGACAUUUAAUUUUGAGUGUCACAACUCCUCCGACCGCAUUAAGGUGCGGGUGUGGGAUGAGGAUGACGACAUUAAGUCUCGCGUAAAGCAGAAGUUCAAGCGGGAGUCGGACGACUUUCUAGGUCAGACCAUCAUCGAGGUCCGCACUCUGAGCGGAGAGAUGGACGUCUGGUACAAUCUGGACAAGCGUACAGACAAAUCAGCUGUGUCUGGAGCUAUCCGCAUGCACAUUAAUGUAGAGAUCAAAGGAGAGGAGACGGUCGCCCCCUAUCACGUUCAGUACACCUGUUUGCAUGAAAACCUCUUCCACUACGUGACAGAUAUCCAGAACAACGGUGUGGUGAAGAUCCCCGAUGCCAAAGGGGAUGAUGCAUGGAAGGUCUACUUUGAGGAGACUCCCCAGGAGAUUGUUGAUGAGUUUGCUAUGCGUUAUGGAGUGGAGUCCAUAUACCAGGCCAUGACUCACUUUGCCUGCCUGUCAUCUAAGUACAUGUGCCCAGGUGUGCCUGCAGUGAUGAGUACCCUGCUGGCUAACAUCAAUGCAUACUACGCUCACACCACCCAGGCAACAAACAAUGUCUCUGCCUCUGACCGCUUUGCUGCUUCUAACUUUGGGAAAGAGCGAUUUGUCAAGCUUCUAGACCAGCUUCACAACUCUCUGAGGAUUGACCUGUCUAUGUACCGCAACAACUUCCCUGCCAGCAGUCCUGAGAGGCUGCAGGACCUCAAGUCCACAGUGGACCUCCUCACCAGUAUCACCUUUUUCCGAAUGAAGGUCCAAGAGCUUCAGUCUCCACCCAGAGCCAGUCAGGUAGUGAAGGAUUGUGUCAAAGCCUGUCUCAACUCCACCUACGAGUACAUCUUCAAUAACUGUCAUGAGCUGUACAGCCGCGAGUAUCAGACAGACCCGGCGAAACAGGGGGCUGUGCCUCCAGAGGAGCAGGGACCCAGCAUCAAGAAUCUGGAUUUCUGGUCCAAACUCAUUACACUUAUUGUCUCCAUUAUCGAGGAGGACAAGAACUCCUACACCCCCUGCCUAAACCAAUUUCCCCAGGAGCUCAACGUGGGUAAAAUUAGUGCUGAAGUGAUGUGGAACUUGUUUGCUCAGGACAUGAAGUAUGCAAUGGAGGAACAUGAAAAAAAUCGCUUGUGCAAGAGUGCAGAUUACAUGAACCUGCACUUCAAAGUCAAGUGGCUGUACAACGAGUACUGCAAAGACCUGCCCUUCUUCAAGAGCAGAGUGCCUGAAUAUCCUGCGUGGUUUGAGCCAUUUGUUAUUCAGUGGCUGGAUGAAAAUGAGGAAGUGUCUCGGGACUUUCUGCAUGGUGCUUUGGAGAGAGACAAAAAAGAUGGGUUCCAGGUCACAUCAGAACAUGCUCUGUUCUCCUGUUCGGUGGUGGACGUGUUUUCCCAGCUCAACCAGAGCUUUGAGAUCAUCAGGAAGCUUGAGUGUCCAGAUCCGCAGAUCGUAGGACAUUACAUGAAGCGAUUUGCAAAGACCAUCAGCAAUGUGCUUCUGUCCUAUGCUGACAUCAUCUCGAAGCUCUUUGCCAACUAUGUCACCAUGGAGAAAGUGCCCUGCAUCCUUAUCAACAACAUCCAACAGCUACGGGUUCAGCUGGAGAAGAUGUUUGAAGCCAUGGGGGGAAAAGAUCUGUGUGUGGAGGCCAGCGAUAUCCUGAAAGACCUGCAGGUUAGGCUAAACAAUGUCAUGGAUGAUCUCAGCAGGGUCUUUUCUGUCAGUUUCCAGCCUCACAUAGAGGAGAAUGUGAAGCAGAUGGGAGACAUCUUGGCUCAGGUGAAGGGAACCUCAAAUGUGGGAAAUGCCAGCAGCGUGGCCCAGGAUGCUGACAACGUCCUGCAGCCCAUCAUGGAGUUCCUUGACAGCAACCUGACUUUGUUUGCUAAGAUCUGUGAGAAGACUGUGCUGAAACGUGUGCUGAAGGAGCUGUGGAAGCUGGUGAUGAACACCAUGGAGAAGACCAUCGUUCUGCCGCCACUCACAGACCAAACGAUGAUUGGGAGGCUGAAGAAUGCUUCUCACAGUGAUGGCACUCAGCUCAUCUUUAACGCUGCCAAGGAGCUGGGACAGCUGUCCAAGCUGAAGGAGCACAUGGUUCGUGAGGAGGCCAAAGCGCUUUCACCUAAGCAGUGCGCUGUGAUAGAGCUGGCCCUGGACACCAUCAAGCAAUAUUUCCAUGCUGGUGGUGUGGGUCUGAAGAAAACUUUCCUGGAGAAGAGUCCUGACCUCCUGUCUCUCCACUACGCCCUGUCGCUCUACACUCAGGCAACAGACAAACUCAUUAAGACCUUUGUCCAGUCACAAAACGCACAAGUGUUCGGCGGGAAGGGGGUGAGGUUCACCACUAGUGAGGAUGUUUACCCAGACAAGGGCUCUGGGGUGGACGAUGCCGUGGGGGAGGUGUCCAUCCAUGUGGAGAUUUUUACUCACCCCAACACUGGAGAGCACAAAGUCACAGUAAAAGUGGUGGCUGCCAAUGACCUGAGGUGGCAGACCCAGGGAAUAUUCCGGCCAUUUGUGGAGGUCUAUAUCAUCGGCCCUCACCUCAGCGACAAGAAGAGGAAGUAUGCUACCAAGUCGAAAAACAACAGUUGGGCUCCCAAAUAUAAUGAAACCUUCACCUUCACCCUGAGUAGCGAGGUAGGUCCUGAGUGCUACGAGCUGCAGGUGUGUGUAAAGGACUACUGCUUUGCGCGAGAGGACCGCACCGUGGGCAUGGCCGUCCUGCAGCUGAAGGACAUGGCCUCCAAAGGCAGCGUUGCCUGCUGGCUUCCGCUGGGUAAACGCAUCCACAUGGACGAGACGGGCCUCACCGUCCUGCGUAUCCUCUCCCAACGCAACAACGACGACGUGGCCAAGGAGUUUGUCAAGCUGAAGUCGGACCAGCGCUCUGCAGAGGAGGGCCGCAGCUAAGAGACACAACAGAAUUUAAAACGAACCGUCCAAACUCAAUCAGACUUUGCCACUUACUGCCCUGGACCUCUCCUGAGCCACUGCUAGCCACUGCCCUGCUGAUCCAGUGUUGUAAAAGCACACAUAAGACAACACCACACAUCCAUCCAGUGCUGUAAAUACAUUCAUUUCAGUGGAAAGAACAUAGUGCU